AUGCCUCUUAGAACCAAUCUUCCCAGUCAUCUCACAUCUCGCGCAAACGAUACGGCGCGCAUCGCAUCGGCGUCGGGAUCCGCAGCAGAUAGGCGCCAUGGUCUUGCUGAGCUCGCUAGAGAUGAAGACAUCCAGUAUAUCGUCGGCGACUGGAUGUCAGAGUAUAAUAUGGCAUCCAGGGGUGGCGCGAAGGCGAGUGACCCUACGAAUUCCUCCGAGUUUGAGCCCUCGUUCCUUGAAGCGAUUGAGCCGGCGCUACAACACCUUGAUGCCAAACGAAUCAAGCUUGCUGUCAAUGCGGGUGCAAGUGAUACGAAGAGGCUGCACGAUGUUCUGGUUCAGAUGAUUAGCGAAAAGGGACUCAAGCUCAAAGUCGCUUGGAUUGAGGGCGACGAGGUGAUUGAUGUAGUGCAAAAGGGGUUAAAAUCUGGAGAAGUAUUCAAGAAUCUGACGACAGGCGAGAAUAUCAAGGAUUGGCCUUACGAACCUAUUUACGCUCAGGCAUAUCUCGGAUGUUGGGGCAUUGUCGAGGCCUUCAAGCAAGGGGCUCACAUUGUCUUGUGUGGCCGUGUAGCUGAUGCUUCCCCAACCAUUGCCUGCGCAGCGUAUCACCACGGUUGGAAGCGCGAUGACUACUCGCAGCUAGCACAUGCACUCGUCGCAGGCCAUUUCAUCGAAUGCACAACCUAUGUGACGGGUGGGAACUUCUCUGGGUUCAAAGACUUGCCUCGCACAUCUGUCGACAUCGGGUUUCCGAUAGCCAAAGUCGAGGGAACCGGAGAAUUUAUCGUGUACAAGCAAGCUCGAAAGGGAGGUAUGGUGAACAUGGAAACAUGCAAGGCUCAGCUCCUAUACGAGAUCCAAGGUCCCUACUACUAUAACUCGGAUGUCGCGGCCGUAGUGGACAAUAUCAAGAUGACGCAAGUGGGAGAAAAUCAAGUACGAGUCUUUAAUGUCGGUAAUAUGAAGCCUCCUCCAACUACAAAGGUCGGAAUCACAGCCAAAGGCGGGUAUCAAGCUGAAGCGCAUUACUUCCUCUGCGGCCUCGACAUACAAAAGAAGGCGGCUCUCUUUGAGCGGCAACUUCGCCACGUCUUCAACGAGGCUUCAUUCUCGUGUCUCAAAUUCAGCAUCAACGGUUCUUGCCCAGAAAACCCCGCGAACCAGGAUGCGGCAACGGUCGACCUACGCAUCUUUGCGCAGGCGCGCGAAGAAGCGGCGCUAUCGCCUUUGACGUUUCUGAAACCAAUCGUGGAUAAUAUCAUGCAAAGUUAUCCCGGUGCAACAUUCCACCUAGACACGCGUCAGGCGCUGCCCAAGGAGUACUUUGAGUACUGGGUCAGCAUUCUCCCACAAAGCGCGGCAAAGCAUGUGUGUCAUUUGCCGUGGAAGAAUCAGCAGGUGGACAUUGAACCGCCGCGGGAUACAGUAGACUUUUUGUACGACCAGCCGACGUACGAAACAAAAAGCCCGAUCAAUGUCGCAUCCUUGGGGCAAACGACAAGGGCACCUCUUGGGUAUGUCGUACAUGCGCGGUCGGGUGACAAGGGGUCGGACGGCAACGUUGGCUUUUUCGUGCGCAACGCCGACGAGUGGGAUUGGUUGAGGUCGGUCUUGACAGUCAGCAAAAUCCGUGAUUUGCUAGGAGAGGAUGACAAGGGCAAGCGGAUUUUCCGGUUCGAGCUUCCACAUCUCCAUGCUGUGCAUUUUCUUUUAAAGGACCACCUUGAUCGGGGUGUCUCUGCUAGCUCUUCCUACGAUUUCCUGAGCAAGAACUUGGCAGAAUAUCUAAGAUGCAAACAUGUCGACAUUCCAGACAAGUUUCUGGCUCGCGGCAGGAUCUGA